CCUUUCUCAAACAAUCCCAACUCUCCCUCUCCCAACCAAUGGCCGCUGAACCCCGCUACAUUCUCGUUCCCGUCGACGACUCGGUUGGCGCCCGUCGUGCGUUCGACAUGUGCCUGAACGAGAUUGUCAAGCCCGGCGACGGCGUCUUCCUCGUCCACGUCUACGAGCCCUUCAUGCCGAUCGUCACUCCGACGGGCUACGUUCCGCCAGAGCUCUUUGAGAACUUUUCCUCUCGCGGACUGAAGGAGGCCGAGCGCAUCCUCUCUGCUCUCGCUGCCGUCUGCGCCGAGCGUGGUAUUCCAUGCAAGACUCAGGCGAUUGAAGGCGAUGCCCGCGACUCGAUCUGCACGCUCGCCGAUACCAUCAACGCCAAGAUGAUUGUCAUUGGCUCGCGUGGUCUUGGUGCCAUCAAGCGCGCUCUCCUCGGUAGCGUCUCCAGCUUUGUCGUCAACCACUCCUCCAAGCCCGUCCUUGUCGUGCACGGCCAGUAAUGGUCCAAGCAGACGCGCGCUUCAUCGCUUUUGGUGCUCGACGACAAAAUAAAGUCUCUUGACUAAUAA